GCCUUCUUUGUUCCCCUCUCCGAUCAUCAUCCCCUUCCUCGCGCACGUUUUGCUUCGAUCGGGAUCGAUGGCGGCGGAGACGGACGGCCCCACGGCGGCGGCGGCGACGCUGGAGAAGUUCCGCCUCUACGAGACGCGCGCCAGGUUCUACCUGAUCGGGAGCUCGCGGGAGAAGCGGUGGUUCAGGGUACUCAAGAUCGACCGCUCGGAGAAGUCGGAGCUCCACCUCAGCGAGGACCCCGUCUGGUACUCGCAGCAGGAGGUCAAGAGCCUGCUCCAGCGCAUCGCCGAGGGCAACCGCUCCACCGGGGGCCUCACCUUCGUCACCAAGGCCUAUGGCAUCGCAGGUUGCAUCAAGUUCUUGGAGUCAUAUUACCUGAUUCUAGUCACCAAGCGCCGUCAAAUUGGUUGCAUUUGUGGCCAUGCUAUAUAUUGUAUAGAUGAGAGCCAGAUGAUCACCAUCCCACACACAUCUGUGCAGACGGAUGUCGCGACCUCUAAGAACGAGCUGAGGUACAAGAAGCUUUUGGCAAGUGUUGAUCUCACCAAGGAUUUCUUCUACAGCUACACAUACCCAAUCAUGCAGAGCUUGCAGCAGAAUGUCACUUCUGCUGGGACUAAGGAAUUGCCUUAUGAAAAUUUGUUUGUAUGGAAUACUUUCCUGACAGAGCCAAUUCGAUCAAUGUGCAAGAAUACUCUCUGGAAUGUAGCUCUGGUCCAUGGACACUUCAAGCAGGUCAAGCUGUCAAUAUUUGGCAGGGAGCUAAAUGUUGUCCUCAUUUCUAGAAGAUCUCGACAUUUUGCAGGCACACGGUAUUUAAAAAGAGGUGUGAAUGACCAUGGAAAAGUUGCCAACGACGUCGAAACAGAGCAAAUAGUAUUUGAAGAGGAAGCUGGUUCCUGGAAGGGAAGAAUGAGUGCAAUAGUACAGAUGCGAGGAUCAAUCCCUCUCUUUUGGUCACAAGAGGCUGGCCGACUUAGUCCUAAGCCUGAUAUUUUUGUGCAGAGGUAUGAUCCUACUUAUGAAGCAACCAAGUUACAUUUUGAUGAUCUUGCUCAGAGAUAUGGGCAACCUAUCAUAAUACUUAAUUUAAUAAAGACUGUUGAAAAAAGGCCACGAGAGAUGAUGCUCAGGCGUGAAUUUUUUAAUGCAGUUGGAUAUCUUAAUCAAAAUGUCCCAGAAGAGAAGAAACUGAGAUUCAUCCACUGGGAUUUUCAUAAAUUUGCUAAAAGCAAGUCCGCAAAUGUACUAGGUGUUUUAGGGGGUGUAGCGAGUGAAGCAUUGGAUCUUACUGGGUUUUACUACAGUGGAAAGCCAAAAGUUCAGAAAAGAAGGCCAAUCCAGCUUAGUCGAACUAGCACUGCAAGGGAUGGCUCCAUUGAUGUAAGAGCUAGCUCUGGAGACCUUUUGAGGCUUUCUAGUAAUGCUGAUGCACUUGGUUCUACAGCUUCUCAGGAUAUGAGAACAGAGGAUAGCAAACAAGAGCCUCUUGGUGAUGCUCCUUGUUAUCAAACUGGAGUUCUUCGUACGAAUUGCAUAGAUUGCCUGGACCGCACAAAUGUUGCUCAGUAUGCUUAUGGCCUUGCUGCUUUGGGGAGGCAACUUCAUGCAAUGGGGCUGACAGCUGUUUCAAAAAUCCACCCAGAUAGCAGCAUUGCUUCAGCUUUAAUGGAAAUGUACCAGAGCAUGGGCGACGCACUUGCUCAUCAGUAUGGAGGCUCGGCAGCACAUAAUACGGUUUUCCCUGAGAGGCAAGGGAAGUGGAAGGCUACUACUCAAUCCAGGGAGUUUCUAAAAUCAAUCAAGCGUUAUUACAGCAACGCCUACACUGAUGGUGAGAAACAAGAUGCUAUAAAUCUAUUUCUUGGUUAUUUCCAACCUCAAGAAGGAAAACCAGCUCUCUGGGAGUUGGAUACUGAUUACUAUCUCCACGUGACAACAGCUGGUGAUGAUCUUGUGUCAGAUAGCUACCGUCUGAGUUCCUCACCUGCAAAUAAUGCGUCCGGUGGAUCUGAAGCUGCCCUGAGCCCUAGAUCCACAUUGAGCCCUGUGCCAGCAUGUAAAGAGGACUUCUCACGGAUGAAACUUACUUCAUUUGACAAACUUAUAGAAAGAACCUGUAGUUCGAUAAGGAGUGUGAGGCUUCACUGUGAUGCUGAUCUAAGGCCAAGUGGAGGUGUUGGAACUUCUGGAAUGGCACCAGAUGCAGCUGAGAUACAGCUUAAAAGCCCAAACUGGUUGUUUGGUCAAAGAAAACACGCCGAGACAGUUCCAACAGCAAAAGUUAUUCCAGUGGAAAGUGCGAACGAUGGAAACAAAGAUGACACAAAUGCGCCUCUAUGUGGGGAACUAAACUGGCUUUCGUCAGAAGGUUCAUGUGAGGAGGACAAUUUCAGAAGGUAUCUAGCAUUGACGACAGCGGAUGUAGAGAAUGGUUGGUACGGUGGAGAGCUAUUAUAUGAUCAAGAUGAGAACAGUGGGGCUUAUAAACAUUAUGCCGAACUUUGCCAGGGACCCGUCAUGGAUCCUUUCGAGCACGACCCGGAGAAAGAACGACAUUACGCCGAGGCCCUUAGCGUGGACAUCGAAAUCACAGACGAAGCGUGGGUGGAGUCAGAAAUGAAAGCCGCACUCAACGACUACCAGAUAAUCGGAUCAGACCUGAGCAUCAUCCCGUCAUGCGGGGCCCUCGCUGAGGAUCCAAGCCAGCUGACAAGGUGGAUCAUCGGAGACGAGAAGCUGCGUGCGGUAGCCACUACACAGUAGCUCCGGUUCCUGCCGUAGAAGUUGUACAGAUUGCUAGGAAAUCCGUGAUUCAUCCUACCGUUCCUUUCGUGUAUAUAAAGUGCCUUUUACUGUACAAAAGAAGGUAUCUGUCCAUUUUUUGUUUCUGUUGGGAGCAAACAAAUAAAAUCAUCCUUCUUGUAGAGGCCUUGGUGGAUACAGGAUUGAAGAACACAAACAAUGUUUUGGUUUUUGGUCCUGUAAACCAAGGGUGAGAAUUAAGGUGUAUAUUCUCAAUCAUCUAUCUCAUUGUCUCCACUCUUUAUUCUGAGAUUA